AUAUAAAGGACGCUGAAACUCUUGGUUGGGAUAUCCACUGUCAACUUGGCGACCAGUCGACGAGCACCUGCAUCCUCAACAAGAUGAAAUUGGCGUUGAUUUCCCUGCUGUCGGCCCUUGUGGUCAUCUCGUCUCAGCAGCAAUUUCAAUACAAAGCAAGGCCGAGAGGUUUGUUUUGGCUGUCACCUUACUCACCACAGCAUCAGGGAUUCAUCAAGAACGAUCCACAAUCAGCGCAGGUUUUUUACGGCGACGAAAUUCCGCAUCGCAUCAAUCAGCAAUGGACGAGACCGUCUACCCGAAUUGGUGAAAUUAUCACCUUCUUCAGGAACGAAGAUAUCAAUCCGGAUGGGGUUUUCGCUAACGAAGAUGGUCAAAACAGCCUCGAGGAAAUCGACGAAUCGGAAGACACUCAGGGCAGGAUCAAAUUUCUUCAGCAAAAGAACAACGGUCGAUUUUUCUACAGCACAACCAUCAACAAUCCGUUCCUGAAAACGGCAACUUUUACCCUUUCGUCGACUGUGACAACCGUUGCCUCUAUCGUACUGUGUGUUCCAGCCAACAACUUGGCAGCUGUUCCAGCACCGACUUGCGCCGGCCGCAGACGACGUCAAACCGAAGAUACCGACAGCGAUCAAUUUCCAAUCUCCCCAUCUGAAACCCUCAAAUUGAUUCCGACGGCUCUUCCUUCGUUGGGUUCGACAAUGCCAAACCACCGGGAAUCGCGUCACCUGUUGGUGAAUGAGCUGCAGGUGGAUCCUCAUCAAGGUGUUGACUCUUCCAAAGAUGAAGGUCGUCCUGCCGGAAUGUUGCUGGAAGAUAACCAGAGCCAUCCGAGAGAGAAAAGAUUUUUCGGCAGGGGCAUUGCGGCGUCGACAACUGUAACAUCUUACUCGUUUGUUGCAGCUACUCUUACCAGCACAGUCAUCCUCGAUCCAACUGCAAUGAAUGUUGCUGUUUGCUUACCAGCCGGAUAUGUUGUCUGUGCCUAAAUGUCAUCCGAUUUACCAGCAAUUUUUCUUUUUCCUUAGAAAAAUGGAAAAUGUGUUUUGCUUUGAACCCUAACUGAGCCCUAACUAUUGUUGACUCGACUGUCUACUGCUUCCGUGUUUUUCGGUAAGUGGUCCAAGAUAGUAUUUGACAUUGCAUUUUAAAUUAUUGCGCUAUUGGCCUUAUCCUAUUAUUAUCCUACAUACUCUGAAUUUUGAAUCAUUGCUGGGUGUUUGCUGGUUACCAAAAAAUACAAGUUUAGAAGCAUCAAUCGAUUCCAAUAAUUGAAUUAGUAUAUUGUCAUCAUCAUAGGCAUUUUUGGACUAAAUGCGCAAAAAUGCAAAUGAUAAUGGAUGGAUUAUAUAUGCCAAUCACCACACAAGAGGGUUUCAAAUAGCAUCGCAUGUUAUAAAGUCAACGUGCGUCAAU